AUGUUGCACCCAAAGAGUACUGAAAUUUCAUUUUUAUUGAACAAUGGCGUAAGGAUGCCUGCCAUUGGGCUGGGGACUGCCAAUCCUCCAGAGAAGCUUGCAGAAACUAAACAGGCUGUCAAGGCUGCAGUUAAGGCUGGUUACAGAAAUAUAGACACUGCAUGGGCCUAUGGAUCCGAACCAUUUGUCGGUGAAGCAAUCAAGGAAUUAAUUGAGGAAGGUGCCAUUAAGAGAGAGGAUUUGUUCAUAACCAGUAAAGUGUGGCCUGUGCUUUGGGACGACGCCGAAAGAUCUCUGCAAGAGUCUUUGAAGAGUCUAGGUGUUGAUUACAUUGACUUGUGGUUGCAACACUGGCCACUAUGUUACAACAGGAGAGAAGACCCUCAUGGUAUCAACGGUCUGGCCAGAAACCCUGAGAAGGCCGAUGGUAGUCCAGAUUUCAAUGAAAAAGCUGACUGGCUAGACACAUACAAGCAGAUGGAGCGCAUAUAUUCCAACCCUAAAGAUAACCGUGUAAGGGCCAUCGGUGUUUCUAACUUCCCUGUUGAGUAUUUGAAAAGGGUUCUGAAGGAAUGCCCUGUCAAGCCAGUUUUAAACCAAGUUGAAAUGCAUCCACGUUUGCCCCAAUUUGAAUUGAACGAAUUUUGCCAUGAUAAUGAUAUUAAACUGACUGCUUACUCGCCACUAGGGUCCCAUGGUGCCCCAAUGGUGAAGCACCCAUUGAUCAAGGAGAUGAGCCAGAAGUACAAGGCUUCUGAAAAUGAUAUUUUGACCUCUUUCCAUAUCAGACAAGGUAACACCGUUGUCCCUAGGUCAAUUAACUCCGUGAGAAUUGCCUCUAACAUUGAGUUUGUACCCUUGAGUAAGGAUGACCUCGAUAAAUUGAAAGAUUUGGGACGCACUGAACCAAAGAGAUUUAUUAAUGAGAAAUGGAACGCAGCAGUCCCAGGUUUCAGCGGUACUGGCCCUAAGAUUUAA